AUGGCCUCAGAUGAGUUUGUGACAGUGAAGACAUUUUUGCCAACACUACCACUUCCUGCGAACAGCGAGCGAGCAGAAAUCACCACAAAUCGAUUACUCAUCCGCGCCCUCCAACCAGGCGACCUGGCAGCGUUCCGUGUGUUGCGCACACAACAGGAUGUCAUGAAGUGGACCAAGGCCGGGUGCAUUGAUGAAACCAUUGAGAUAACCAAAUCGAAACUGGACCCUUUUUUACCACCCAACGAUCUUAUCACCGCCAAUUGUGCAAUCUGUUUGAAGGACACGGGAGAGUUUAUCGGCAUCGGCGGCUGCCACCUUUAUCCUGCAUCGCAUGGGUGGCCUGAGGUUGGAUACAUGCUCCGAAAGGAACAGUGGGGUCAAGGUUUUGGAACGGAAUUCUUGAGUGCAUGGCUACGGUUUUGGUCAGAGUUGCCUCGUUCUAAGCGUGAAGUGCAGGUUCAAAAGGAAAUGGUCGAUAGGGAAGGGUCAGUCGAUGAGCAUCUCAUAGCUAUUACGGAAGUCAGCAACGUUCCUAGUCAGAGGGUGUUGUUGAAAUCUGGAUUUGAGCGAUUCCGGGAGUUUGAUGAGGUGGACGACGGCAAGACGGUGAAUCUUGUUGCAUUCCGCUAUUUGCCAUCAAAGACAGAAUGGCGCAAGGGUCUUUGA